UCAAACCUCCACAGAGUUUCUGACUUCUGUCUGUAACGCUGGAGAACAGCAGAUGCUGCAGACACCAGUGAAGAUGGAAGUGAAGCUGGAGGAGAUAAAACAAGAGGAACACAGUGAUGAAGAUGAUUUUAUUCCUCCAGAUCUGAUGGAAGUGAAAGAGGAAUGUCAAGAGCUGAAUGAAGUGGAGGAGAAACUUCAGUAUCAGAAACAUUAUGAUUUCAUAACUGGAGAAAAAUCUUUGAGUGGCUCAAAGACUAAGAAGAAUUUCUCACCAAAAAAUCCUCAAAGAAGAGCAGCAAAAAAUACUUUCACCUGCUCUCAAUGUGGAAAGAGUUUCAUGUAUAAUAAAGAUUUUAAUAAACACAUGAGAAUUCACACUGGAGAGAAGCCUUUCUCAUGCCAUCAGUGUGGAAAAGGGUUUAUUCAAAAAGAACAGCUUAAUGUACACAUGAUCGUUCACACUGGAGAGAGACCUUACACAUGCCAUCAGUGUGGAAGGAGUUUCACUUUUAAAGGAAACCUUAGUAGACACAUGAGAAUUCACACUGGAGAGAAGCCUUUCUCAUGCCGUCAGUGUGGAAAGAGUUUCACAGAUGCAGCCUAUCUCAAGAAACAUCUCCGCUGUCACUCUAGAGAAAGAGCAUUUGAAUGUGAUAUAUGUGGUAAAACAUUUGUUAUUGCACAAUACUUGACAAAACAUCUGAAAACGCACAGGAAUGAGAAGCCUUACAAGUGUUCUUUUUGUGAAAAGAGUUUUACACGCCUAUCCUAUUUGAAAGAGCACCUGAAAAUACAUACCGGCAUGAGGACACAUGUGUGCUUUGAAUGUGGGAAGACAUUUACUACAGUCAGCCACUUGACAGUUCACCAAAAAAUUCAUACUGGAGAAAAACCUUACAAGUGCUCAUACUGUGAAAAGAGUUUCACUCUGUUAAAUUACCUGAAAACACACGAGAGAAUUCAUACUGGAGAGAAACCUUACAAGUGCUCAUACUGUGAGAAGAGUUUCACUCAGUCACAACACCUGAAAACACAUAAGAGAAUUCAUACUGGAGAAAAACCAUACAAGUGCUCACACUGUGGAAAGAGUUUCAAUCAGAUAAAUACCCUGAAAACACACGAGAGAAUUCAUACUGGAGAAAAACCAUACAAGUGCUCACAUUGUGAAAUGAGCUUCACUCUGCCAAAGUCCCUAAAAACACACAAGAGAAUUCAUACAGGAUAGUCUUGUCUAAUUAUUGUGAUGACUCCACCACAAGAUGUCAGCGCCUUCAAUCAUUAGAUUACAUGCACGCAUUGGCGGUAUUAUGUUGUACAACUAACGUCAUCAGAACAUGUUAUGUUGUACUGUAUUGUUGUUCUUGUGUUCCAGGUGACCAGGUGCUGAGGUGAGCAGAACCCUACUAAAUGUGAACCUUUGCAAAAGCAAUGUGUUAGUUUUUUUUUUUUUUUUUUUUUUUUCAUGAGAUAGCUGUAUAAAGUCCUAAUUUUUACAACUUUUUAGAUUUUUGGAAUACAUACACUCACUGAGCACUUUAUUAGGAACCCUAUAAUAAUACUGGGUAGGGCCUCCCUUUGCUCUGAAAACAGCCUCAAUUCUUCAUGGCAUAGAUUCCACAAGAUGUUGGAAACAUUCCUUUGAGAUUCUGGUCCAUGUUGACAUGAUUACAUCACACAAUUUCUGCAGAUUUGUCAGCUGUACAUUCAUGCUGCAAAUCUCCCAUUCUACCACAUCCCAAAGAUGUUCUAUUGUAUUCAGAUCCGGUGACUGGGAAGGCCACUGAAGAACUGUGAACUCAUUGUCAUGUUCAUGAAAGCAGUUUUAGAUGACUUUUGCUUUGUGACAUGGUGUAUUAUCAUGCUGGAAGUAGCUAUUAGAAGAUGAGUAAAUUGUGGCCAUGAAGGGAUGCACAUGUUCAGCAACAAUACUCAAACAGGCUGUGGCAUUCAAAUGAUGAUUGACUGGUAUUAAUAGGUCCAAAGUGUGCUAAGAAAACAUUCCCCACACCAUUACACCACCAGCCUGGACUGUUGGCACAAGGCAGGGUGGGCCCAUGGAUUCAUUGCUGAAAAAAUUCUAACCCUACCAACUGUGUGCCUUAUCAGAAAUCGAGACUCCUCAAUUCAGGCUACGUUUAUCCAGUCUUCCACUGUUCGGUUUUUGAGACUGGUCUUCUGCUGUUGUAGCCCAUCCGCCUCAAGGUUGGACGUGUUGUGCAUUCUGAGGUGCUAUUCUGCUCACUACAAUUGUACAGAGUGGUUAUCUAAGUUACCGUAGCUGUUCCGUCAGCUUGAACCAAUCUGGCCAUUUUCUGCCACUCACUGGAUGUAUUUUGUUUUUGGUACCAUUCUGCAUAAAUUCUAGAGACUGUUGUGUGUGAAAAUCUCAGGAGAUCAGCAGUUACAGAAAUACUCAAACCAGCCCGUCUGGCACCAACAAUCAUGCCACGGUCAAUCACUGAGAUCACAUUUUCCCCCAUUCUCAUGGUUAAUGUGAACAUUAACUGAAGCUCCUGACUUGUAUCUGCAGGAUUUUAAGCAGUGCACUGCUGUCACAUGAUUGGCUGAUUAGAUAAUCACAUGAAUAUGUAGGUGUGCAGGUGUUUCUAAUAAAGUGCUCAGUGAGUGUAGUUUUCUAUUCUGACUAGUGGUGAUUGCUUUAAAGGAAUAUUCCGGGUUCAGUACAAGUUAUAGCUCAAUCAAAAGCAUUUGUGGCAUAAAGUUGAUUACAACAAAAAACAACUUUGUCUCAUCAAUCCUUUAAAAAAAAAAAAAAGAAAAUGCAAAAAUAGAGGUUACAGUGAGGCACUUGCAAUGAAAAUGUAUGGGGACAAUUUUUGGAGAAAUGUGAAGUUUAUAAUGUUAGAAAAGUACUUUUCUGUAUUAUUUGAGCUGUAAAGUUGUUUAAAUCAUUGUUUUACUGUCGUUUGAGUUACGUCGUCAUUGCUACAAAGUUGUAAAAUUGGACAGAACUGUACACAGAAAAGGCUAGAAAGCAGUUUUAUCAUGCAUGUUGUUUAUGCCUUGUGGCUGUACUUAUGAAACAUUGAGUAUUUUAAUGUUUACGGAUAGGCCCCAUUCACUCCCAUUUUAAGUGUUAGUGAUUUUUAUUUUGUUGGGGGGCGGGGUUAUAGAAAAGGAGGGAUGAGUCAAAAUCUGUUUUGUGGUAAUAAACAAGUCACAAAUGUGAUCCAUUUAGCUUAAAGAAAUAGUUCACCCAAAAAUGAAAAUUCUCUCAUGAUUUACUCCCCUUCAAGCCAUCCCAGAUGUGUAUGUCUUU